AUGGCUCAUGAUAAAAAAUUAUUUGAACGAAAGGAAGUUUUUAUUAGAGAUCGAUUAUCACAAGCGGAAAAACAAGCAGCACCACUUGAUGAAAUAAAAGGAACAAUAACUAUUUUUGAAAAUGAACGUGGGAAAUUCUUUGGUUUUAAACCAUUUGGUCUUGAAGAUAGUAUGACAGAUGAUUGGGCAUUAGUUAAUGGUAGUCAAUCAAUAAUUUCUUUUAAAAAUCGAGGAAAUGAUAAAGAUUCUGUAGCAGUUUCACCGAAUCCAUUAUUAAAAUUUCGUUUUUGUUUUAAUAUAAAUAAUUUACGAAGUAUUCGUCGAUGUCGUAUAUUAUCUGAUAUUCGGUCUUUAAGAUUGGAACUUAAAGAUGGUACAACUUUACCAACAUUUCAUUUUAAUCUUGGUGGAAGUCGAGAACUUUUACAAUUACUUAAUAAAUAUCUAAAACUUGAAAAGUCAACACAAGAUAAUCAACUUUACAUUGUUAAAGAUGAUCUUCCACAAGCGAAUAUAAUCGAACCAAUAAGUGCUUUUGAUCAAUUAAAUUUAUUUGAUGAUUCAAGUAGUAUGAUGAAACGAAUAAGAGGACCGGAUCCACGUCGUAAAGCUAUUGAACGAUUUUCUAAAGUAACAAAUUUUCUUAAAGAUGCUUUUCUUGGUCAAAAUGAAUUUAUAUCAAUGAGUGAUAAUCCAGAUGGUACAAUGGGUGCUGAUGUAACUGCUCUUAUGGAAUCAUUUAGUAGAGAUUUAAGAGAAUCAAAUAAUGAUGGUUUUGAAGUUAUUUAUAAGGUUGAUUUUAAAAAUUUACCUGAAGUUAACCGUAGUCAACCAUUGACCAGCAAAGAAUGGCAAAUGUUCUUUGAUAAAAAUGGACGUAUUAUAGAUGUUAAAAAAGUAAAAGAACGAAUUUUUCGUGGUGGAUUAGAAUCAAAUAUAUUGAGACGUGAUAUAUGGAAAUUUUUAUUAAAUUAUUAUCCAUGGUCAUCAACUCGUGAUGAACGAGUUGAAUUAGUUAAACAAAAAGAAUCUGAAUAUUUUGCAAUGAAAUUGCAAUGGAAAACAAUGAAUGAACAACAAAAACAAAGAAAUAGUUUAUUUCGCGAGCGAGAAUCAUUAAUUGAAAAAGAUGUAAUACGUACGGAUCGAGUACAUGAAUAUUUUCAAGGUGAUAAAAAUGUUCAUCUUGAAGUUUUACAUGAUGUAUUAAUGACCUAUAAUAUGUUUAAUUUUGAUUUGGGUUAUGUCCAAGGUAUGAAUGAUUUAUUAAGUCCUAUAUUGAUCGUUAUGGACGAUGAAGUUGAUGCAUUUUGGUGUUUUGUUGGACUUAUGGAACGUAUGGAACAAAAUUUUCAUAUGGACCAAUCACAUAUAAAACGUCAACUUAGUAAUCUUCAUACACUUCUUCAAUUUGUUGAUGCUGAACUUGCGAAUUAUUUAGCUGAAAAUAAUUCAAGCAAUAUGUAUUUUUUCUUCCGGUGGAUGUUAAUUUGUUUUAAACGUGAAUUUUCAUUUGAUGAUGUUAUGUAUUUAUGGGAGGUCUUAUGGACAGAUAAUUUAUCUCAAAGUUUUGAAUUACUUGUUUGUUUAGCUAUUUUGAUUUCACAAAAAAAAGUUAUUAUGGAAUCAAAAUUUGGUUGUAAUGAAAUUCUUAAACAUAUCAAUGAUCUUUCACUUAAAGUUCCAUUGGAACCAUUAUUAAAACAUGCAGAAGGUCUUUAUAUGCUAUUAAAACAACAUGAUCAAUCAACACCUGGUCUUCCAUCAUCUAUAUCAGCAAUAAUGUUUCCAAAUAAACAUAAAAAUAAUGGUCACGAUUCCGAUUCGGAUGUAACAUCAACAGUAUCAUCAAUAAAAUCUUCACGUGAAUCAUCACCAAAUUCAAAUAUUGAACGUAAACCUCGUACAAGACAUUUAACUGAAUCACAUUCAAUUGAUGAAAAUGAUAGUGCAGUUGUUAGUCAUACCAAAAACAAUUAA